AUGGCUGCUGGCGUUUUUUCUUGGGGUUGUGGGGAUGCUGGUCAACUGGGCCAAAUCCGUUAUGAUAACUGGCCUUCUAAGACGCCCGGUAAUUCAACUAUUAAUCCGGUUGAUGGGAAUACGGCGGCCAACAGUCCAAACAGCAUCCGUCGUAGCCAUAAGGGCGGAGAUAUGAUGCCAAAUCCCGGCUUUCUGAGCUCAGCUAAUAACAAGAGCCUUAAUUGGGUUCAUCCGAUGCCAAUGAUGAUUCUUAAGCAGGCACUCUCCAAGGUAGGUAAAGAUUGUUAUUUGGGCACUUUUAGUUAA